UGAAGAGGGGGAGGUGCCAGAAGGGGGGCCAGAUUGUCCCCCUUCAACUCUAGAGAGGAUGGCACAGGGUCUAUUUGAUCAUAUGGCUGAGGAGCUAGAGGGCAUGGAGGGGCUGUUUGAUGACGAUGACCAAAAUGAGGUUCAAGCAGAGGAACAAUCCGGUCAAAGGGGGAAGAAUGAGGGUGAGAAGCCAACUCUUGACGACGUCGAGCUAAAUGUCGAUGAUUACAUCGUCGACCCAGACUACGACAUAUGGGACGACGAUGACGAUUUGAUAACGGAGCUUAGAUCGACGGGCCAAUAUUUUGAAGAGGGACCAGAUGCCCAACAUGAGGAUGAUGUAGAUGUUGGAUCUUCACAGAGAUCUGGUGGGAGACCAAGGGGAGAGAGUCAGGCAGAAUUUCGCCCGGGGGGCGUUGAUAGAACUAUACAUCCAGAAGCUGACGAGCAGGAGGAGGAGGUAGACUCGGACUACAUUGCUUCAGAUGAUAACAACACGGCUUCCGAGUCUGACGGUGACGGUCGGGUGAAGUUCAGGAUGUUCAACGAGGAGAAAGAGAUGGAAAAUCCAACCUUCAAGAAUGGAUUGCAAUUUGUGAACAGAGAGCAAUUCAAGAAAGCAUGUAGGCAGUGGGGCAUCAAACACAGGUAUCAACUGCAUUUUCCUGUCAACGAGAAGACCCGUGUUAGGGCUAAGUGCUUUGACAAGAGUGACAAUGUACCUAAGUGUCGGUUUGAAAUAUUUGCAUCCAAGCAAAACAUGUCAGAUCCGGAUGAUGAAACAUUCCUAGUGAAGACCCUGAACUUGGUACACACUUGCCCGAAGAGAAGAUCGAAUUUCCACAUGACCAGUGCCUAUCUGGCUGAGAGUUUCUUGGAGGAGUUUAGGGCCAAUCCAGAUUACAACCCUGAGCAGUUUGUUGCUAAGAUUGCACGGGAGCUGAAGCAGAAGAUCAGUGUGCAGACGGCACGAAGAGCACGACUCAGGGCUGUAAGAAAAUUGGAGGGGGAUGAGGAUGGGCAGUAUGCUAAGUUGUAUGACUACCGAAGGGAGGUCCUUCGAACCAAUCCGGGGAGCACAGUGGAUUUUAAAGAACCUCGAGGAAAGUUUGCGGGUAUGUACAUGUGCUUGGCUGGAAUGAAGAAUGCCUUCCGGAAUGGGCUGAGGCAGAUCGUUUGUCUGGACGGUUGCUGGUUGAAGGGGAAGUAUGGGGGUCAGUUGCUAUCUGCAACUGGGAUUGACCCCAAUGAUUGCAUGUAUCCUCUGGCUAUGGCAUGGGUGAAGGUUGAGAAUACUGAAAACUGGACGUGGUUUUUGGAGCUAUUGAAGGCUGAUUUGCAUCUGGGCAACAGGACAACCUUCAUGUCAGACAAACAGAAGGGCCUCAUACAUGCACUGGACGCGCUUUUUCCACAUUCAGAGCACAGGUAUUGCUGGAGGCAUCUGUGGGCAAAUUUCAGAACCACCUUCCACUUGCAACAUUUAAAGCCGCUUAUAUGGAACAUUGGGAUUGCAACCUACACAUCCAAAUUGAAUGCUGCCAUGAAAGUUUUGGAGAAUACUCAUACGGCGGGCUACAACUGGAUUGAGGAGAGAUCUAGGGAGCAUUGGUCCAGGGCACAUUUCAGGCCGCAAGUCAAGUGUGACAUAUUGCUGAACAAUUUAGCGGAGGCCUUCAAUAAAUAUGUACUGACUUCGAGGACGAGACCUAUCUUGACGAUGUUUGAAAUGAUUAGGACUCAGCUGAUGAAGCGGAUCCAUGACAAACAGAUUUUUGGGAGCAAGAUUAAUUCGCGGUUGUGCCCUAAAAUUAGGAAAAAACUGGACAAGAUAAUUGAAGAGGGUUGGAAUUACACCGCACACCCUGCCGGCAGUCCUCAAGUGCAAGUUAUAGGUCCUGGAGGUCAGUUCGUGGUAAAUUUGGAUGAAAGGACUUGCACAUGUAGGCGUUGGGACCUCACUGGGAUUCCAUGCGUUCACGCAUGCCCCUGUAUUUAUGAGAACAAUGAGGUCCCAGAGAACUAUGUGGACGACUGCUACACAAAAGCCACCUACCAAAAAGUGUACAGCUAUGUUAUCAACCCUUUGAAUGGGGCUGAUAUGUGGGAAACCGAUCCAAAUCCAUUCCAUAUCAUAGUUCCUCCCUCGCCUGUGCAAACAAAGAAGCGGGGUAGAAAAUCGACGGUAAGACGAAAGGAAGCGGAAGAGCUAGAGCAGCAACAUGAACAGACUGUACAGGAGGCCCAUGCAAAGAGGGCAAAGUUAGGACGUAAGGGGCUUCAGAAGGUUAAAUGCAGUGAAUGUAACCGAUUUGGCCACAACAAACGGACGUGCAAAAAGGACAAUGACCAAGCUGCAUGUGGGGGUGACACUCAGCCAGAAGCAAGAGCUGCAGGGGAUGAAACAGGGGGAGAAGCACCAGAUGCAGGGGAGGUUCCAGGUGGGGAGUUUGGAACUGGAGAGCAGGCCCCAACAGGAGAGUCUGGCGUACACCUAAGUGGAGCCUAUUCUGCAACAGAACAAGCCUCGGUUGAACAGCAAGGUGCAGGGGAACCCAGUCAUGACACUUCUACACAAGCUGCUCGAGCUGCUAAGAGAAAAGGAAAGAGGCCUGCUGGUCGAGAAGUCCCUUCGCGAUACAGGGACUGUUUGAGGAAACGAACAACGAACAAGUAGUGCAACAAAACAGAUGGAUGUAUAUUUUGUACCAUGUGCUUUUUGUUAAGGAACGUUUUUUAUUUUGGGCAACA